UAGGGGCUAUGAUGGAGGAGGAAGCGAAAGCGUUUGAAGAAAAGGAAGGGAAGGAAGGCCCGUAACGUUGAAGCCCUAGUAGGCCACGAGCUGUCGUCGUUAUCGUUGUCGUUGCGUCUUCGGUUCAAGGGAUGUAUAACUUGAAGCUCCAGUUGCCUUGCUCGCGAGUGGGAGUGAAGGAGACGAUGCUGUGGUGAGAGGAGCAACGGAGAGGGAGAGAGAGUGAGUGAGAGAGAGAGAGCGAGAGUGAGAGAGGUGUAAUUCGGACAUGGUGUGUUGUCAAGUGUUGAGGGAGGUGGAGCGAGGAAGGGUAAGGGUUUACGGAGGGCUGAGGUUCUAUGAAGGCAGCGCGUGGCCAUGGGCCGGCAGGACGCCUUUCCUCCGCCAAGCACCGUCGAUUUCUGCACAAUGCUAAACAGUCCAAACGCAAGAGCCAUAGCUCUUUGGCAAAUAUGCGGAUAGCCAAUGCUUUGCGUCGGAGCACGAGCAUUAGCGAUAAAAGUAAGAAGAACAAUCGGAGGAACAAUCACAACGAGAACAGUAACAGUCGCAAUCCGCCCUCGCAAUCUGCUUCUCCUUCGAAGACGUUGGAGACUGAAGCCGAUCCCUCGAUGCCAUCUGACAGUGUUCCCAAUCAGCAUGCUGCUGACGCUGGAAACCUGCGGCGCUCCACAAGAAAAAGGCGUGUGCUAGUCCAUGUUGAUUACGAUUCUGAUAACAGUGAGCAUGAAUUGUAUCGAAGUCAAUCAACUCGGGUGUCGAAACACAGAUAUUCUUCUUCCCAUAUUUCCUCCCAUUCCACCAAGUCAGAGGCUAUCCCUGAGGAAGAAGAAGAGAGCCCUGAGCCCGCAGAGACCAGAAAUAUGGAUGCUGCUGCUGCACCUAGAAGAGAGGGAUUAAGACCUCGACAGGGAAUAAGGCCCUCAAGGCUAGAGCUCUCUUCUCAAGAUUACGAAGACGAUGAUCAGAACUCAUCUGACAGAGAAAUGGGAGCGAAAGGUGAAGAAGAAGAGGAGGAAGAGGAAGAGGAAGAAGAAGAGGAGGAAGAAGAGGAGGAGCAAGAAGAGGAAGAAGAGGAGGGAGAGGAAGAUGAAGAAACUGAGGAGCGGGAAGGUCGUCGUCGCUAUGCCCUGCGAAACCGCACUGGUGUGCAGCGAUUUUCUCCUCGAAAGGAAGAGAGGACAGCAAGAGCACAAUCUCCCCGAAAAAUGUUCCAUGGAGGGAGCAGCACAAAGCGUGGCCGGGAAAGCCGUCGGUCAGGAAACAGGGUACACAAACGACGUCGUUCGAUGAGAGCUGAUGAUUCAGAUGAUUCAUUGCUCGUGGAUGAACAGGACCAAGGUGCAGCUCCCUGGUCACGAAUGGGUCGAGGCACCUCUCAUCCGUGGCUUCCUCCGGGUCUGGAAGCACCUGGUCUGAACAAUUUGAGUAUGGCUGCUAGCGGCUGGAGUCAACCUGGCAGCCACUGGGCCUCUACUACACCAGGCGGAGCGCAAACAGCCGGUCCAAGCUCUAAAGGAGGAGCCGACAUUCAGCCAGUGCAGGUGGAUGAGACGGUUGGAUUUGAGCAGAUUGGGGGAUUGGCACACUACAUUGACCAACUGAAGGAGAUGGUCUUCUUCCCGUUGUUGUAUCCAGAUUUUUUCGCUAAGUAUCAUAUUACCCCACCUCGAGGGGUUCUUCUCUCGGGUCCCCCAGGCACAGGCAAGACACUCAUUGCUCGGGCCAUGGCAAGUGCAGCAUCCAGAUCUGGACAGAAAGUUAAUUUCUACAUGCGGAAAGGAGCCGAUGUGCUUUCCAAGUGGGUAGGAGAGGCUGAGAGGCAGCUACGUAUGCUUUUUGAGGAAGCGCAAAAAUGCCAGCCCUCGAUUAUCUUUUUUGAUGAAAUAGAUGGCUUGGCUCCUGUACGUUCCAGUAAACAAGAGCAGAUCCACAAUUCAAUUGUUUCAACUCUGUUAGCUCUUAUGGACGGACUUGAUUCCCGCGGUCAAGUGGUGGUGAUUGGUGCAACUAACAGGAUAGAUGCCAUAGACGGAGCACUACGUCGACCUGGACGGUUUGAUAGAGAAUUGAUUUUGAAUCACCCUACGUUUGAGGCACGAGUAGAGAUUCUGGAUAUUCAUACAAGAAAAUGGCAAAAGCCACCAUCUGAGGAAUUGCGUAGAGAACUUGCAGCUGCAUGCGUUGGAUACUGUGGAGCAGACUUGAAGGCUCUGUGUACGGAAGCUGCAAUUCGAGCCUUCCGAAGGAAAUAUCCUCAAGUUUACAAGAGUGAUGAGCAGUUUGUGAUUGAUGUGGAGUCUGUGGAGGUGGAAAGACGCCAUUUCUUGGAAGCUGUAUCUGCUAUCACACCUGCAUCUCAUCGUGGUGCGGUAACGUAUGCAAGGCCUUUCUCACCCGUGAUCGCUCCCUGCUUGGAAGGACAUCUGCAAACGAUUAUGAAGAGACUAUCGGACAUCUUUCCAGUGAUGAACCGGGACAUUUCCAACAGUAACCCAUCAGAUAGCGAAGAAGAUGAAAGUCCAGAACAGCUAGCCCGUUUAUUUGGAUUGGGAUGUAGUGCUCCUUUAGUUUACAGGCCCAAGUUUCUCCUUUGUGGGAGGGAAGGAGCUGGCUUGGACCAUGUUGGACCAGCGGUGUUGCAUGAGCUAGAGCGGUUCCCAGUUCAUUCAUUGGGGCUGCCCUCGCUUUUGUCUGACCCAAGUGCAAAGAGCCCUGAAGAAGCAUUGGUUCAUAUCUUUGGUGAAGCCCGAAGAAACACUCCCUCUAUACUUUACUUGCCUCAGCUUCAUCUUUGGUGGGACACGGCUCAUGAUCAACUGCGAGCAGUAUUGAAGAUGCUCUUGGGUGACCUGCCUUCUGAUCUUCCAGUUCUAUUUCUUGCAACUGCCUGUGUUUGUGGAAAGGAUUUGGAUGAGGACAUACGUGCCCUAUUCGGUCACAACUGUUAUGAGGUGAAGUUGCCCAGCACAGAAGCGAGGUCAAAGUUCUUUUCACAGCUCGUUGAUGCGGCAGUGUCAGUUCCAAGGAGAAGAGCAGUUAGUCGAAACAAGCAGAAAGAGGUUCUUCCUGAGCUCCCGAAAGCGCCGAAGGUGGUAAAAGGGCCAAGUGAGGCAGAAUUACGUGAGCGGGCUGAAAUGGAAGAAAAUCAUCUUAGGCGAUUGCGGAUGUGCUUUCGUGAUAUCUGUAACAGGCUUUUAUGUGAGAGACGGUUUAGUAUUUUCCACUAUCCAGUUAUGGACGACGAGGCUCCUGACUAUCGGAAUAUUGUGCACAAUCCAAUGGAUGUGGCUACUCUGUUGCAACGUGUUGAUAGUGGAUGUUACUUAUCAAAGAAAUCAUUCUUGGCAGAUGUGGACUUAAUUCCAGCUAAUGCUCAAGAGUAUAAUGGGGAUGAUUAUCAAGGAGGUCGAAUUGUUAGUAAGGCAUGUGCGUUACGUGAUGCGGUGCUUGGCAUGGUGUCUACGAUUGACCCUGCCUUAGUGAAGAUUUGUGAUGAGAUUGCUGCCCGUGGAGGGCCUCCACGGCUUCCUGGGGUGCCCUCUGGCGUGUUGGUUCCGACCGUUGCUCCUCCAGCCGUUCGAGCCAGCGCUAGACUGAGGGGAUUUCAGCCAGAAGUAGAUGCUUUGAAGAAUUCUGACGGAGGUGUUCGUCGCACACGAAGAAGUAACGAGGGGCUCCCCUUUGGUGAAGGGACAAAUGGGAACUGCUCCGAGGGAACUGUUAAUCCCGAGCCUUUAGAAGAGGUGCAAAUUGAAGCCGAAGAUAUGCUUGUUGAUAGGCAGUUCUCACCGGCUCCUGAAACAUGUGAUGGUGUAAGACCUGAGACCACUGAUGAACAGCAUGGAAAUGGCAACCUCACUUCUCAUCAGCGUUCAUUGGAGACGAACAGUCUCAGACAAGAGCCUCCUGAGGAGCUACGAAAGGUGUCUCAUGAACCCUCACUUGAGGGCGAAGAUGGCCGUGAAGAUCCACAUGAUAAGGAUGGAGAAAUGUUUAAGUCUCUCAAGCCAAGAAUUGAUGCUUUGAAAGCAAAACUUGUGGCGCAGACAAAGGGAUUCGGAGUCUUUCGACUGGAAAUGCUCCAUGCCAACAUUUGCAGACUGCUCCAGCAUGGUCAUGGGGAUUCUUGUUCUUCAAGGUUGGCUUCCUUGGAGGCAUUCAUGGCCGAUGAAUUAAACUUGACAUGAUAACAUGUGAUGGUUAAUGGAACCACCUUGCAAUAUUUAUAUAUCCAGGAAACGUUCAAUGUAGUCCCCGCUCAUUCUUUUGCAAGGGACUCUCUAAAUGACGGCUCGGUAUCCUAUUGUUGUGGUAGCAGAUAUAUCCAAUCCCUCAGAAAGAAGUUCACAGGUAAAACUAUUCUGUGAACAUCUGAGCUGUUAUACAGUGAGUAAACUCAUUCAGCAGAUAUUUGAGAUAUAAUUCACAAUCUCACCAUGAUCAAGAUUGGAAUUGGAUGGAGGAUUUUUCCUUAAAGAGGAAUGUAUGGGAACAACAUAGUAGUACCCUACUAUUUCUUAGAGGCGUUAUUGGCGAAGUCUUCUGGCUCUGUUGAGUUUGGAACGGAGGUAAAUAGCCGGGAGAUGUCUAAAUACAGAAUCUAGGAAGAUGUAGAGGUCAUCUAUGCAUCCAAGCAUGGUGUAAUAGACCAGAAGCUCUUUUCUUUUUCUUUUUCUUAAAAAUUUAAUUCCCUUUAAGUAUUUUAAAAUCAAUUUCACGGAAAUCAUAGGGUAUUUGACUGUC